AUGUCAAUUCCAAUAUGGGGUCUACUAAGGCUAUUCAUAGUGCUUAAAGUGAUCCAGAUACUAAUCAUAUACUUUACUCCGGGUCAAUUUGACACGUCAUCUCAAUUAAUUAUAUCUCAACUAGAAUCACCAUUUCCUAAGGUAGUAACCACAAUACUUGACAAGCUCAUCGUAUGGGAUUCAGUGUAUUUCAAUGACAUGUUUAUCAAUCCAGCCAAGUAUGAGAAUCAACUUGUGUUUUGUCCUGGAUGGAUUGCAUUCAUUAAAUUGUUCCCAGUUGAGAACUACUAUUCCUUACAAUUGUUAAGUAUUGCAAUUUCCAAUAUCUGUCAUUUUGCCCUGGCAAUUUUGUUAUAUGCCAUCACAAGAGGCAUGUACGAUGGUAAAAUUAGUGAAUUAAGCAGUGCAUUCAUUAUAUUGUCACCUACAGCGGGAGUAUUCCUCACUACGAAUUAUUCAGAGAAUAUCAGCAACUUCUUGACAUUGCUUUGUUUUUACUUGUACUUUAUCUCAGUCAACUUCCAAGAUUACUCGAAAACAAGCAACAAAUCAAUUGCACAUCCAGUGACAUACAUUUUGUCAGGGGUAAUUGCAAGUAUGGGGUUCACAGUCCGAGCUAAUGGAUUAUUACUCGGAAUAAUCUACCUCAUAGAUUUAUACCACUUUGUGAUAGACCAGAACAUGAAUGAAAUAAUAUUGACUUUGACUACGGGGUCUACUCUAUUCAUCACAUUUGCAUCCACCAACAUCUAUCACUACAUUAAAUUCUGUCCUGCAAGAGGUGAAUGGUGCAACUCAUACUUUCCUAGUCUAUUCAAAUAUGCCCAAGGCCGAUAUUGGAAUGUGGGUCUAUUCAAAUAUUGGACCCCUAACAACAUUCCGAAUUUCUUAAUUGUUGCCCCUGCCAUAUACAUAAACAUUUAUUCAACAUGGUAUAUAUACAAGAACGAGGUACCGAAAAAUAAGAAAAUAUUAGUAUUGGUAAUAAUCCAUGCCAUUAUCUUAUUUAGUGGGAUUUUCUUUUGGAAUGCGCAAAUUUUGAAUAGAGUAACUAGUUACUCACCACUUGUGUAUUGGACGAUAAGCUUACAUUUCGUGGAUCACAACAAAAGAAAAUGGGCGGAAUACGUAGCCGGGUUUGGCAUACUUUGGAAUGUUAUCCAAACAACAUUGUUUGCUGGGUUUUUACCACCGGCUUAA